AGAGAAAAUUACAUCAUCAAUGUCUAUUAUAUAUAAUGUCUAGAAAUCUAUCUAGCAAGUCCAUACUAGCUCAUCUAAUCAUCUUUGCUUGAUUUCCAUGGCUUUCAAAUCCCAACUCCAUUUUAUCUUAUUUCCUUAUAUGGCUCAAGGCCACAUGAUUCCUAUGAUUGACAUAGCCAGAUUGUUAGCUCAGCAUGGCGUGAUCAUUACUAUAAUCACCACACCACUUAAUUCAAAGCGUUUUGCUUCAACUCUUGCUCGUGCUGUUGAAUCUGGGCUCCAAAUUCACCUUCUUGAAGUCCCAUUUCCAUCUGAAGAAUCCGGAUUGCCAAAAGGGUGUGAGAAUCUCGACAUGCUUCCCACACUGGGCUUAGGCAUUGAUUUCGUCUCUGCAACCAACUUUUUACAAGAACCAGUAGAAAGAUUGCUUGAAAAAAUCCAACCAAGGCCUAAUUGCAUAAUCUCUGAUAUGUGUUUACCUUAUACGAGUCGUGUCGCUAGCAAGUUUCAGACUCCAAGGAUUGCUUUCAAUGGAUUCUGUUGCUUUACUAUGUUGUGCAUACUUAGAUUAUAUACUUCCCAGAUUCUCGAAAGUGUAACCUCGAAAUCGGAAUACUUCCAGCUGCCUAAUUUGCCUGAUCAUAUUGAAGUAACCAAAGAACAGCUCCCAGAUGCCACGCAUCAAAAUAUGCAAAUAUUCAAUGAUCAAGUGAUGGCUGCUGAAACUGUGAGUUAUGGGAUUAUUUAUAAUUCUUUUGAAGAAUUGGAGCCAGCUUAUGUCCAAGAAUUCAAAAAGGCAAGAGGGGAUAAGGUCUGGUGUAUUGGUCCAGUUUCACUAUGCAACAAAGAUGACUUGGAUAAGCUACAAAGAGGCGACAAGGCCUCAGUUGAUGAACAUAAAUGCUUCAAGUGGCUUAAUUCACAAACACAAGAAUCUGUAUUAUAUGUUUGUUUUGGUAGCCUUUGUAAUCUGAUAACUUCACAGUUGAUAGAGCUUGGUUUAGCAUUAGAAGAAUCAAAAAAACCAUUUAUUUGGGUGCUAAGAGGAGGAGGGAAAUCAACCCAAAUAGAGAAAUGGAUUGAAGAAGAUGGUUUUGAAGAAAGGAUAAAAGGAAGAGGCCUCUUAAUUAGAGGUUGGGCUCCCCAAGUAGCUAUAUUGUCACAUGCAGCAGUUGGAGGAUUCUUAACUCACUGUGGAUGGAAUUCAAGUCUAGAAGGAAUUUGUGCAGGCAAGCCAAUGGUUACAUGGCCACUUUUUGCGGACCAGUUCUUAAAUGAGAGGCUAGUUGUGGAUGUGUUAAAGAUUGGCGUAAGGGCUGGGACCGAGGUUACUGUGCCGUGGGGGGAAGAAGACAAGAUUGGAGUAGUGCUGAAAAGGAAAGAUAUCAAGAGGGCUAUAGACAGGUUAAUGGAUGGAGGAGAGGAAAGUGAAGAAAUGAAGAAAAGAGCCAAUGAGCUUAGCCGGAUGGCGAAGGAAGCAAUAGAACCUGGGGGCUCUUCUCAUGUCAACAUGGAAAUGCUAAUACAAGAUAUCAUGCGGCAAACAUUUGUUAUGGAAUCAGCAUAAUGUGACACUGUAAAAUUAGAUUUUGGUAAAUGAAGAUUUAUUAAGCAAGUUGAUCAAUAUUUGUAGUUUUUUCUCUAUCUAGAGGAUGUCAAAACUCAAAUUAAUAGCAAUUUCCAUUUUUCAA